AUGUUAUUAUCAUUAAAAUCAAUAAUAGUUGUCACGCUUGCAGUGUUCGAUUUAGCCGCUGCCACCUCGGAGGAAGACAAGUCGAAGAAGCUGUGCACAUUCACUUGCCCCACUUCCACUAGCCGCGCGGAAGCAGGUUGCGCGAAAGCAACGGAUUGGAAAUCGGACAACGCGGUGAAAUGGGAAAAGGCAAAGCGGAAGUUGACUGUAUCCCGUUUGUUCAAAUCAUCAGUCGUAAAAGCAAACCCAACAGAAAAUCAUAAAGACUUUUUUAAUUGCCACGGCACCGGAAUGACCUUUAGCACUUGCUGUAAGCAGGGCACCAUUAAAAUCCCAUCCAAAGGCAAGCCAAUGAUUUUGGACAGCGGAGGUAACCCUGACAAUUAUGCACAAAUGUGCCACGACACCAACCCCGAGAAUACACCUGUUGAGGAUUUUCCAAAGGAUUGCAAGCCCCCAAAGUAG